AUGGCAAUGAGCUUUGUCAAAAUUCUUUUUGCCUCUCCGGAGGUCAACCAAAGCACCCGAAAAGCCAAAUCAAUCCCGAUCUUGAACCCCUUUGACAAAUAUGGACGAGUGUUCUUCUUCUCAUGGGUUGGCUUCAUGGUUGCAUUCCUGUCAUGGUAUGCAUUCCCGCCACUGUUGACUGUCACUAUUAAAAAAGACCUUCACAUGACACAAGCAGAAGUCGCCAACUCCAACAUUAUUGCAAUCCUUGCCACACUCCUUGUGCGACUUGUGGCAGGACCACUCUGCGACCGCUUUGGUCCACGCCUGGUCUUUGUAGGACUUCUCCUCUGUGGAGCUAUUCCUACUGCCAUGGCUGGCCUCGUCACCAAUGCCAAUGGUUUGAUUGCCCUUCGAUUCUUCAUUGGAAUCCUUGGUGGAACUUUCGUCCCGUGCCAGGUCUGGUGCACAGGCUUCUUCGACAAGAAGAUUGUCGGCACAGCCAACUCCUUGGCCGGAGGAUGGGGCAAUGCAGGUGGAGGGAUCACAUACUUCGUGAUGCCAGCCAUAUACGAUUCCCUCAUGCGAGACCGCGGUCUUCCUUCCCACCAGGCAUGGCGCGUCGCCUAUAUCGUUCCAUUCAUCAUCAUAGUUUCUGUCGCUAUGUGCAUGCUCUUCCUCUGUGAAGACACGCCUACUGGGAAAUGGUCUGAACGACACCUCUGGGCGAAGGAGACCAGCGGCACUGCCACACCCAUGGAUGGAAACAUUGUUGACCUCAACACAGGCACAUUUUCCAGCGGAAUGACAACCCCUUACAACGCAGCCACAAUCGAUGUUGAGAAAAAGGGCGCCCAGACACCGCAAGUCAUGGAUAAUUCAGCUGUUGGACAGAUGGAUAACAUCUUCAGACAAGAAGCUGUUGUCACCCCAUCUCGCAAGGAAGCCCUCAACGUGGCUCUGAGUCUGUCCACCAUGGCCGUUGCUAUUCCAUAUGCCUGCUCAUUCGGAUCUGAGCUCGCCAUCAACUCCAUUCUAGGAUCUUACUAUGAGAAGAAUUUCCCACACAUGGGCCAGACUCGAACUGGUCAAUGGGCUGCCAUGUUCGGUCUGCUGAAUGUUGUCUGCCGUCCUAUCGGUGGUCUCUUUGGUGACUUAAUAUAUCGCGCUACUGAUAAUGUCUGGUCGAAGAAACUUCUCUUGACAUUCUUGGGCCUUGCUAUGGGUGCAUUCCAGCUUGCGAUCGGAUUAUCCAACCCGACUACCGAGUCUGCCAUGUUUGGUCUCAUCGCUGGAUUUGCCUUCUUCCUUGAGGCUUGCAAUGGUGCUAACUUCGCCGUCGUGCCUCAUGUUCAUCCAUUUGCUAAUGGUAUUGUCUCUGGAAUUGUUGGUGGCUUUGGUAACCUUGGGGGAAUUAUCUUUGCCAUUAUUUUCAGAUAUAAUGGUACUGACUACGGGCGAUCGAUGUGGAUCAUCGGCGUUAUAUCUUUGGGAGCAAACUUGGCUGUCUCUUGGAUUCGUCCUGUUCCUAAAAGUCAGAUGUCUUAA